CUAAACCCUAGGCCUCACGCACGUUCCUGUUCUCCGACGUCGUUUAAGGCCAAACCCUAGGCCGACGUCGUGUCUUUCUUGUUCUCCGAUCAGGCCCUCUUCUCCGGCGAGGAAGCUGUUCGGUUGUUCGGUUGCUUGAGUGCACCCAUCUCUUCGUUUGUCUUCAAGUUCGGUUCUUGGAAUGGCUGCGACUACCAAGAAAACUCGUUUGAUCCACGAUCCUUCGUCAGAAUAUUAUCUCCAUCCGUCUGAGGGUCCAGGUAAUACUUUGACAAAGCAUGUGUUAAAAGGUGAAAAUUUUGAUACUUGGGAGAAAACUAUUGUCAAUGCACUGAAGGGACGUAGCAAGGUGGGGUUUUUGUCUCCUACGGGAAUGGCUAAACCUACUGAUCCUGCGGAAUUAGAGGCGUGGGAAGCAAAUAAUUCCACAAUUUGUAGUUGGAUUUUUAAUAGCAUUGAUGAAACUAUACAGCCUAGUAUUGCUUCUCAUACCGUGGUUCACGAAUUAUGGUCUGAUUUGAAAACUCGGUACAGUACCAUAAAUGAGCCUCGGAUUUAUCAAUUGGAGAAUGAGUUGCAGAAUCUUAGGCAAAAGGGUCAAACGGUGGUUGUGUAUUACAAUCAGUUUGUCACUUUAUGGAAUAAAUUAUACGGGAUCGAGGAUCCCACGUGUGGUUGUGCAUGCCCAGCAGCGGCGACAUUAAGGGCAAAUGCAGAGAAGGCGAAAACAAGAAAAUUUUUGUUGGGACUUGAUGAUGAGCAGUUCGGUAAUAUUCGAGGCCAAAUUUUGGGAACUCAACCGCUUGCAGAUUUGAACAAAGCUUUUUAUCUUAUAACCCAGGAGGAGCAUCACCGUAGCGUUGUGCGUGCUCGGGACGACCAUACCGAUGCAAUGGUGUUUGCUACUCCACGUACUGGGCCUAAUUUGUACCAGUGCACUAAUUGCGGGAAACAAGGCCAUACAGCAGAUCGUUGUUAUUUGAUCAUUGGGUUUCCGUCUUCGGGUCGAGGACGUGGUCGCACAUCAUCAAAUCAAGGGGGAGGACGCAGUAAUCGGGGUGGCCGAACAUCUGCCCAGUCGGCACCCCCCACUGCCGGGCAGUCCGGCAACCCAACUCCCUCGGCAAGCACGUCCACAGCUAAUGCCGUGACCGAUGUGCCCAGUUCUCUUUCUGCCAUGUCUCCGGAUCAGGUUGCACGUUUGUUCUCCAUGCUGGAUUCCACUCCUUCAUCAUCUGAUAAACUACAAGAGUACACUGUCUCCAACAAUUACUACAAGUAUUUCGAGAUGAAUCAUAUUGUGGAAGCCUUCAUUGUACUUCCUGGAGGAAUUGACACUAUGGAAGGUUUAUUCACUUUGAUCUCAUGGGCAUCCGAAGGGUUACACAGUAAACCCAUUGGUCUUUUGAACAUUGACGGUUAUUUCAAUAACCUAAUCAAGUUUCUAGAUGAUGCGGUGAGGCAGAACUUCAUGGCUUUGAAUCAGAGGAAACUGUUCAUUUCUUCUUUCUUUGUUGAUGAGCUUUUGGACAAGCUAGAGUUUGCUAAUGCUUUCCCAGGUCCUGGUGCUAGUUAUGAUGAGUUUGCAAAUCCUGGAAGGUUGGACUUAGAGUUGCAUUUGUAAUAUAAUAUUAUCAAUGUACAUUAUGCGUUAGUCAUAAAUAUCGUUCUAAGCUGCAUGACCAAUGCAUUUCAGAAGAGUAUUUAUUUCCAACAUCAAAAUGUACCAUGUAAAUAUUAAUCCUUUUCUUUAUCUUCUAGUCUUUCAUUGUUGGUGUAACUGCUUUAGCUCUUGUUUU